UCCCCACCUACAACCAUGGAAACACGAAAUGGAAAUGGUUUGAGUAAACCAACAACAAAAACGGGAGUCCGGGCACGCGCGCCAAAACCCGACGCCGCUCCAAAAGCGACGAUCGGGAAGAAAACUAGAAACUCCACGAAAUUGAAAAAAGAGGAUUAGAUGUCUUCUUCACAGAUGGAUCUGUCACCCACCAACACACCAGCGCAGCAUUCCUACAUUGGGAUAAUAGCCACUGGGAAUCAUUCUACACAAACAGAAUCCUGUCGUCAUUAUCGGCAGAACUAAUAGCCAUUGACAAAGCAAUUGACUACGCCAUAAGCAAAGGAAUAGCCCGGCUGGCUAUACUCACUGACAGCAAAAAUAGUGCUACGGCAUUAAUUAAGCCUUGUCACGUCAACUAUAUGGUAUACGAAAUUAAAAAGAAGAUCGCAAGACAACCUCAGCUUACUUUAGUUGAGCUCCAUUACAUCCCGAGCCACUGCAAAAUACAAGGAAACGAUUUCGUGGACCAGGCAGCCAAAAACGCGCACCUCCAAGGCACCUUCGCUACAAUUCCCUGGAGUAUUAAGGACGCCACAUCAGCCAUCCACAAUGAGAUCCAAAAAGAAUGGGAGAGAGAGUAUGCCGAAUUCGCAUCCAGCAAGCCCAGAGGAUACUGCAACGUCUUUCCAACAUUACUGAAUAAGCCAUGGUUUUCCCAGCCAUCAUGUAACCUAGAACCAAAAAACAUCAGAGUAUUAAAUCGAAUUUUUAGUGGAAAUUGCUUCGAAAACGCAACCCUUGCAAAAAUGAAAGUUGUAAACAACAACAGAUGUGAAUCAUGCGAUACUAUCGAUAACGCUUCCCACAUAAUCCUCAGCUGUUCCAAAUACAACGCUACCAGACGAAACUUUCCAACACUUUUAAAAUAUAAUGACAUACACGAGUUCCUAAGACUGGAAAACAUCGACAAGUACAACAUAAUAACAGACUUCCUCGAUAAAAUCAAUAUUAACAUCUAAUCAACCCCAUACGAACUUAAGAUUGGCGUUUUCCUUGCACUAAGGGCGGCCAAAUAAUCCCUCGACUCCAUAAGGCGUCGCGGUAACUUAAAACCCAAAAAAAAAAAAAAAAAAUAUUCCAAAAUGACGCAGGUGGCUUUUCUGGACAACCUGCUGAGGGAGUAUCUGGUUUUCCGUGGGUUUUCCAGUACCCUGAAGGCCCUUGAUUUGGAGCAACGCACCGAGAAGGACCAGCACUUUCGGGCGGAGCGGGUUCUGGAACAGUUCCAGAACGCAAUCCAGGCCUACGACCUUCAGGCCCUACGAAGUCUAUGGCUUCACCUGGACAACAACCUGUUCUCCAAGCUGGAGCAUACCUACGCAGUGGCUGUGAAAAAACUGGAAAACAGCUUACUGAAGUAUUAUCUGGUCACGGCGUACAGCAAUAACCGACACGAUAAGGUCUCGGAAUUCUUUACAAAAAUGGCUGGGGAGCUGCAGCAGCACAGCGAGUGGAAGGAUUGGUUCUAUUUUCCGUUCUGUCGGAAUGCCGAAGAGUCACCCACGUUUGCUUUGUUCUUUACCAAGCAGUGGCAGGACACUCUGCUCCUUUCCCUUCAAAACUUUCUAACCACAGUCUACCAAUGCCUGCCGCAACCCUCAUUUGUGCGGGCCGAACAGGAGGCGGCCCAUAUGCAACGCCUCAGUGAUGAUAAUGCUGGUCUUCGCACCCGUCUCCUCCACCUGCAACAGGAACUCCACCAAAUGUCCCAGCAACAAUCGGGAACAGGAGCCGUCAGCGGAAGUUCCCUUAAUGCGGAUGCAGGUGCUCGCCGACGGAGUGUCUACCGGCCCCAACAAAGCCUCAGUGACAUCUUGCCCUUUGAUAUUAGUCCACCUGGUCACAUCGUGGACGACUUUUGCAUUAUUGCCUCUGAGGCGAAUAGUGUGAGCCAGGCCAGCGAUGCCCAGGCCCGCGGACUCAAACAGCUGAUCCGCAACAUAGGAUCCGGCGGUUCGCCUGUGAUGGGGCGCAAGGAUCAGGCUGCCGGUUCAGUCGGAGAGAAAUCGAACAAACGCAGAUCGGGAAGUGUGGGACGUAGCUGGAUUUAAGAUAGUCUGUAGAAGGUUAUGAAUAUACUUUAGGAUGACUUUGGGUCGAUUAUCAUUCCUUAUGGCAUUCCCCAAUCAGUUUUUAUUUUAAAAGGCCUAUAAAUCAGACAAUUAAAUAAGUCAAGGCCUGCAUCCUAAUAUCCUAAACCUAUAUAGUUUAUAAGUAUAAUUUAUCGUAGAUUAAUUACUUUUGUAUAAAACCCAUAUGACUAAACCUUCAAUGAGCAAAUAUUUGUGUUUUAAUAACGAGAGUAAGGCCUUUUUUGUAAUAUGAAAACCUUACUCAUUUCUCACUACAUAGAGAGUUCCAUCUGGAAUUUCUACCCCAGAUAAUUAGUAACCACCCACCCAAAAUCGGCCCAAAGAAGUACACCAGUAUUGUCAAGUGUGUUAUCCAAUGUUUAUUAUUUAUUUGCUGGUCUCCUUAGUUCGUAGACGUACAAAACAAAGAGCAAUGCGUGUGGCGUAAUACAUAAAUGCAAUAAAUAACGUAAAAUUACAAAUAAAUAUGUUGUAUAGGUGUACAGACGAUUCGUAUUCGUGUAUAAAACAUCAUCUCGGUUUAUACAAGCAGCACAAUUUAAAAAAUACAGUUACUUCAUAAAGGUGUUGUAUAUUUCUAUAUAUAUAUACCUAUAUAUAUUCUGAUAUAUGUAUAAGUUGCAUAAAGUAGCAUCGCUUCUGACUCGUUUCCGUUCGUCAAUAAAUGCAAUUUCGGCGUGGCUACGGAA